CCAGAGGCGGUGCCGGCGGCCCCGAGCGCUCCGCGGCGCGUUCGCCUCCAAUCGCGGAUCCGGGGCGGGGCCCGGCGGUGACAUUGAGGGGCGCCGAGCAGGGCCGAGGCAGCGCCAUGUGGGGCCGCGCCGAUAGGGCUGUUAAACUGCUGGGAAGAAAUAUUCCCUCAAUUCUAAGGAUGACUGAAGGAGUGGAUCUGAAGAUAAGUAGAAGGCUUUGCAUUAAACCCCAGGAAGAAAGUCAACUUCAGUCAAAGAGUCGAUCCCCUUUGAAGGUGCCUGGAUACAAGCCUACAGACUGGGAGAAAAGAUUUUUGUUGUGGGCAGGCCAUUUCAAGAAACCAGAGGACAUACCAGAGACUGUCUCGAUUGAAACAGUCAGAGCAGCAAAGACCACACUGCGUGUGAAGUUCAGCUAUGUAAUGAUUGCCUUGACAAUAGUGGGAUGCAUCAUCAUGGUGAUUAGAGGGAAGCAGGCUGUAAAAAGACAUGAAACUCUUACAAACAUAAACUUGGAGAAGAAAGCCCAGUGGAGAGAGGAAAGUACUGCAUCUGCUAAACCUUAAAAGAGGAAAUGAAGAGCAAGAACUGGGGAAGAAAAGUGAAGUCCUUUUCAGCACUGAAAGGAGGAUAUAGUCACAUUUUUCCUGUAUGUUGGUUCUGUACACUCACAUUCAAGAAAGAAUGAAUACAUUAUCCAUUAAUAACUAAACCCAGAAAUACCUAUUUUCUUUUGCUAAUAACUGCCCCUUUCUUUCAAACUCUUUUCUUCGUGGUUAGUGGGACAGGACACAUGAGCAAACUGGAGAGACAAUGUAAUUGCUUCCCACAUAUGCUAUGCACUAGACUAAGCAUCUUUUAAAAUAUUGCAGAAGCUGUACUUGCAUUCUUGGUACCAAUCCCCUUUAUGAAAGGUCUUACUUACCACUUACAAGAAGGUAACUUUGACAAAAGGACAGUCCAUUUAGUUUCCACUUGUACAAACAAAAUACCUUCACUGGGCAGUCAUCCACUAUCAGCAGCUCUUUCAGGUCCUUUCAAGGUCCCCUCAGGAAGAAGGGGGCUAUAUGGAGAAUGGGGCUAUAUUUAUUCUGUAUGUUUCCCUUUGUGCAAGACAGAAAAAUUAUUAAGGGAGCCUUCGAGUCAGGAGUAAUUGUCUGACCUGCAUUAACAUCACCAAACUUAGCCUGCUUACCUGCUCUAGGUGCAAUUAUUCUGGCUGCAUUUAAGUGAGGAAUUACUUUCUGUGAAGAACUGCCUGCCUUCAGUAAAACAAGGAGGGAGAUGGAUAGUGAAACAGCAUUCCAGAGAACCACUGUAUUGCAGCUGACAACCUAAUGGUUGUCACACCAGAGCUGGAACAGAGAUGACAAUUUUGAGGAAUACUGAGCAACAGCUUCAACCUGUACUGUCAGAUUUAGUAUUUUGAGGCACAUGAGUAUGAGAAAGUCCAUCAGGUGUUCCUGCUCUCUGCUACUAAACUCUUUCAUUUAUUUGUAUUUUCCCCCUUUAAGUCGUCAUCUGUACUUUCAUUAUACUAGCCCACCUAGAGAUCACCUGCCUCACGUUUUAGAAGUGGCAGUCCCAGUAAUACCUGCAAAGAGCAACUCCCAACAGUUCUACUUCUGGCAUUGAGCCCAAAGAGUCACACACUAUUCAUGCUGAACAGCUUGCAGCAACCAGAGAUAGUAUUUUUCCUUCUCCUUACAGUUCAUUUGGAAGGAAAUGUAGAUUGGAAAUGUCAGGACUGCUCAAAACCUGUUAUCCUAGCACUGCCUGCUCACUGCUCCUGAGGACUCCAAAAAGAGAAGAGACAUAUCAGUUUGACAGAUUUAGCUUGUGAACUUUCUCAUAGCAGGAGGGAAAUUAUUUCUUUUGAAACUUUUUCCAGAUUAGUUUUGUUAUACUACUAAAAAUUAGCACUAUUGCUGAGUGAAUCAAAAGCCCUACAAAAAUGCAUGGGAAAUCUUCUCUUUGUACCUGGAAAAGAGAAGCAGUAAAAUCUCUACUGCAGUCCUUUCUAGUAGCUUUGUCCUUUACUCCAGAGCUAGAAAAUCAUUGCUGUAGGCCAUCUUUCUAUGAAUUGCAAUUCUGGAUAUCACAAUGAGAUGUAACCAGUCAGACAAGCUGUGAAGUCAAUUCCACCAUAGAAGCUACAACCUUCAGGUGAUACCAUGACCUGCCAUCAGAUUCUCUGAAUGGAAAUUAUCACAAGUAAGCUGUCAGUCAAGCAGAGCAGGCUUCCACAGCUUUGUCCACUUAAUGAGCACUGAAUGCAAGUCACAUUUAAUUCCACUGCAGGUACGUGAACAGAUUUUCCAUGACAGUUCUAGUUCUUUGCCACACAGCACGCACACAGGUGAGAACCAAAAUAAAUCUUGCCAGAUUACAUGCCAGAUUACAUGUGAUCAUGUAUGUAUUAAGUAAGACCAAAAAAACAGAACAUGCAUUUCGGAUGGUAUUUCAAGUUUCCUUGAAGAAAAACUUGUGAUUUAUGCUUGGUGAUGGCAGAGCUUAAAACUGUGUGUUCCAAAAAUAUUACCCUUUCAAUAAGCACCUGAGUGCUCUUUUGAAAAGAACUGGAAGAUACCUCAUUUAGUUUUGGAACAGUAAAACUAUUUGGACUCAUCCAGCUGGUAAAGUACUUCAAAUAAAAAUGUGCAAAAUACCCCUUAGAAAGCAA